AUGGCUUUCAACGUACUAGUUGCGUCUUUGACGUUAAUGGGGAGUAGUCUUUCGUUCCUAACGACGUUUGGCGCAUUGAUCUCCAUCGGUCUCCACCGCACCCGGCGCCGGUCUUUGCGCCACAUCCUCAUUCUUAACCUCAUGGUGGCUGCCAACAACACCAUCUCGGGGAUUAUAUACAUCAGGGACAAAGGGUUACAACGUGGAACAGCCUGUGUCCUGAACAGCGUGAUUGGUCAACUGUCAGUGCAAGCGUCCGAUUUUUCCAUCCUCGCCAUCGCCAUUGCCACACUUCUGGUAGUAAAACAAAAAACGUCCAUGGCGGAGGGGACGUUCCUCGAGAGGGUCUCCAUCUGCUUCUGCGUGUGGAUCGUCCCUAUUGCUACCAGCGUCGCGGCGGCUGGCAUCGGCGUCGUGGGGCCCGUCAGCGGGAACUGGUGCUGGAUAACGUGGGACCGGCCAGAUCUCCGAUUUGCCCUCACCUACGUUUGGCGUCUGUGGAUCAUGUUCGCCACCGUUUCCAUCUACGCUUACGUCUGGUGGUACCUCGGCCAACGCCUUCGCCCCGCUGCAAUGGCGCCAGCUUCCUUGGGCUGGACCGGAAGCUCGACGAGCACUGCCGCUCCGUUGACAGCACGCCACACGACGGUGAGUCGAUUGGACGUGGGUUGGCCACGGCCGCAAGUCGCGUCUAUGGGUGGACGACACCCUCCACGGACCGCAGAGCCGCUGGGAUACGACCUUCCCCCCCUGGCGACGGACGCCACAGCGUUUCCUGUUACGAGGUGUUUGACAUCAGACAGCAGUACCAGAAGCAUGCUAUCGCCGUGUAAUCCUCAACCAUGGGGAGAUGAUUACCUGGCGGACUCCCGACCGAGCUCUAGCCGAGACGUCGGCGCGAGUGGUAAGGUAAUGCUGCCGAACCUCACCGCUGCAGCGACGGCUCAUCAUUCGAUUGACGAGCAGACCCGGAGAUUGGAGCGGCGUAUCAAGCGCAUGAUGCUCCUCAACUCGUAUCCCAUCUUGUAUAUCCUGCUCUGGAUCCCCGCCCUUGUGAACAGAGUGAUAGAAGCGUCUGGGGUCGAAUCGCAUGGCUUGCUGCUGGCGGCUCUGCAGAGCUCGAGCCAGUUCAUCGGCUUCGCUAAUGCGGUGACGUACUGCCUCCAUGAAAGCUUGGGGCGAAGAUCGAAGGAGAAUACUGUUCGCUAG